GUCAGCGGAAGUCACAAGGAUCGCGACCGCUGCCCGCCGCCAAUGAUAUGGUAUGAACACGUGUAGUGGGUGGUCCUCAGCACACCGCUUUCACGUGGCCGAGCGCCGAGCCCACCCGUCACUCAGUCCGGUGUGUGGCGGCUGCAGGAGGCUACAUCAGCAUGGCAACGGAGAUGGAGCCCUCGGAUGUGAUCCGCCUCAUAAUGCAGUACCUCAAGGAGAACAACCUCUACCGAACACUCACCACCUUACAGGAGGAGACAACCGUCUCGCUCAACACAGUGGAAAGCAUCGACAGCUUCGUCGCAGAUAUAAAGAGCGGCCAUUGGGACUCAGUCCUGCUCGCUAUCAAGUCCCUCAAGUUGCCCGACAACACACUGAUCGACCUUUACGAGCAGGUUGUAAUGGAGCUCAUCGAAAUGAGGGAGGUGGGAGCCGCUCGCUCUCUCCUCAGACAGACCGACCCCAUGAUCAUGUUGAAGCAAACGCAGCCCGAGAGGUACAUCCAUCUGGAUAAGAUGCUAACUCGCUCCUACUUUGACCCCUGUGAGGCGUACCCGAAAGGCAGCAGCAAGGAGGACCGGCGGCGGGCAAUCGCCGAGGCCUUGGUGAGGGAGGUCAGCGUGGUGCCACCUUCUCGCCUCAUGGCGCUCCUGGAUCAAGUUGGCGUAAGGGAUCAACAUCAAUCCACUUGUACUCAAUCUCAAAAUUCUAUGAGAAUACAACAGCAUGCAGAUCAGCUCCCCGCCGACAUGACCAUAGAAACAUCUGGCAACCAAGACAGAGGAACGGAGAAGGAGAGCUUUCCCACGCAACUGUACCGCCACAUCAAGUUUGGGCGGCGAUCACAUGUGGAGUGUGCUUGUUUCUCUCCCGAUGGAAGAUACUUAGUCACCGGAUCGGUGGACGGGUUCAUCGAAGUCUGGAACUUUAAGACCGGAAAAAUCAGUAAGGACUUAAAGUACCAGGCCCAUGACAGCUUCAUGAUGAUGGAUGAUGCGGUGCUGUGUAUGUGCUUCAGUAAGGAUACAGAUCUAUUGGCAACAGGAGCUCAGAAUGGCAAAAUAAAGGUCUGGCGGGUGCAGAGCGGCUCGUGCCUGCGCAGGUUCGAGCACGCUCACAACAAAGGCGUGACCUGCGUGAGCUUCUCCAAGGACAACAACCACAUCCUCAGCGCCUCUUUUAACCAGACUAUCAGAAUUCACGAACUGAGAUCAGGAAAGACACUAAAGGAGAUGAAGAGCCAUUCGGCGUUUGAAAAAGAUGCAUUUUUCACUCAAGAUGGAUUUCACAUCAUCAGUGCCUCAUCGGAUGGCACAGUUAAGAUUUGGAAUACAACAUCAUGCGAGUGCCUCCGCACGUUCAAAUCCGUCUCCCGGACCUCAGACGACCCCGUCAACAAUGUGAUUCCUCUCCCCCAAAACCCGGAGCACUUUGUGAUUUGCAAUCACUCCGACACGGUGGUCAUCAUGAACAUGGACGGUCAGAUCGUGAGGACCUUCAGCUCGGACAGAAAGCAGAGGGCCGAUUUCGUGUGCUGCACCGUGUCGCCCCGCGGGGACUGGAUCUAUUGUGUGGGAGAGGACUUUGUUCUGUACUGCUUCCACUACACGACGGGAAGGCUGCAGAAAACGCUGACCGUCCACGAGAAAGACGUUAUUGGCGUCGCUCACCACCCACGCGAGAACCUGAUCGCCACGUACAGCGAGGACGGCCUCCUGAGGCUGUGGAAGCCUUGAGCUGCUCUCCUCCGGAGAGCGUGGCUACGAAGCAAUGCUCCCACUUAAAGAGGAGGGAAGAUCAUGCGUCGCCAUCCAUCAGUAGUUAUUCACCGCAACGUCCAUUAAGGAGCCGGGUCUGUAGCUUAGGGGCCGUAUCACGUGGUCUCUUUUCCAGUUGUCACGGAAAUGGGCCGACGUUGCCACAAAUGCGGAGUUUGCAAAUUGAUUUUCUCGACUUUAGAAAACUUUGGUUGAAAAGAGUCACAUGACAAACAGCAUCUGGUGAAAAUUACCAUGUGUUACGGGUGAAAGAAACACCACAACAGCUGCUGGAUGGACCCAGUGGAGAAGGUGUUUGCUGAAAUGCUGUUUCCAAAGGUCGAGGACAAAAUUAGAACCUCAGAUAUUUAUUGAUUUUUGAUAAUUUCUUGAAAUGAUUCAAAAUGUUGAGGUUAGGUGCUAGCCAGUUUCAUUUGAUAGCAAGAAUAAUAUAGUCUUUUCGGAAUUUUGUUAAACUAAUUUAUAAAGAAACUUGUUCUUAAUUAAUAUAUAUUUUAUUACAUAUAAUUUGUUAUUUAUACACUAUUUUAUUAAGUGAUUGAUGGAUCCAACUUCACAAGUGCAGUUUGAAUCCCAAUUUUUGGGGAUGGAAAUACAUGAUGGUGAACUGUUUGAACUGAAUUCUUUGUGCAUAAACAAACGUUAUCAGGUAAUAUUAUUUUUCACCUUCGGUUUAUAAUA